CAGGCCAGCAGGGAAAGUGCCAGCACCCUUGCCAUUACUACAGGUUCACACAGGUGAGUUGGGUCCAUACCACAUAGGGAGGGAAGGAAGGAUCCUGGGAGGCCCCCAGCAAGGCCACUUGAAGCCCCCAGCUACUGUUUCAUGUUUGCAGCACACAGCCUCCUUGGUACAAGCCUGCCUGAUUUUUGCUCUAGAGAGGUUCAGACCCACACAAGAUUUAUGUUAAAUGGCAGUCUGCAAACCGCCUUGAGACCCAGAGCCCCUGGGUGAAGCACAGGGCUGUAGGAGAGGCUGAGUAUUUCAAAAGGGUUCCAGGCCAUCUCACAAGCAGCAGGAAUCAGCUGCUGAAAUUGUGGUGAACUGCUUUACAAUCCGAGUGAUGGCUUUUAUGUUCUCAAGAUUCCUGAUACUUGGUUGCAGUGGUCUAAGUUGAUCAGUAGUGGACCAUUUACUGGUGGGGGGAGGAGAACAAGCUAAUUCAAGGAGCAAUUCAAGGGAUGAAGUGUGAUGGGGAAAGACAGGGACAACUGCUUGGUGGCUACUUGCAAUGUCUGUGAGAUUUAGGCAGUUAUCUGGGGCUGGACAGGCAAAUCUGGACUCGAUUUAUCAUCAAAUAACAGGCAAAGCAUAAAACAGUUUAAAAAUGCAAGUAUUUGUUAUUGAGACAGUUCAACUGAAACUUGUAUUUCAGAGGUUCAAAAGGUUCAGCAGUCUUGAGUGCCCCAUUCCUUCACAUCCAGGGAUCGUUAAUUCACUCCACAGCCCCACCUUCACCCCUUCUUUGCCUCAGGUCCUAACCUGUCCUUCCCCCAAUCCUGCCUGGAUUCCAGGUGUUCUGUAUCAACACCUGUGUGGUUGUCAUGGUUGUCCCAUGGUGCAGAUACCUGUGGGUGGCAUCCCUUGUUCUGUGGAAGACAAGGUGUGUUGGACAUGGGUGUGUGUCCAGCAGCUCCAGAUGGUCCUCAGCUCCUUCCCUGAUAACUUAUUUUCUCCACAGCAGCAAGAUGUCGGGGGUAGAAAACACUUUCCGUAAAUUUGCAAUAUACGGUGACACAUCUGCCAGUGGCAACAACAUGACAGGGAAAAACUUCUCCAAGAUGUGCAAAGAGUGUGGAGUGAUGGAUGGCAAAGCCGUGACCAGCACUGACGUUGACAUCGUAUUCAACAGAGUCAAAACCAAAGGUGCCCGCACCAUCACCUUUGCUGAGUUCCAGCAGGCCAUGAAGGAGCUCUGCAUCAAGCGCUUCAAGGGUAAAUCACCAGAAGACGCACUGCAGGCUGUGUAUGGCCUCAUCGAGGGGAAGGAGCCCAGAAGCGUGGGAGCCACGAAAGCCACCAAGGUUGGUGGGGUCGAGAGGCUGACAGACACUAGCAAAUACACCGGCAGCCACAAAGAGCGUUUUGAUGGGAGUGGCAAAGGGAAGGGUCUUGCUGGCCGCCAGGAUCUGAUGGACAACAGCGGCUAUGUUGGAGCCUACAAAGGAGCUGGCACAUAUGACCAGAUGCACUAGGACUGAAACUGUUCAAGGAAACAAGGACUGUUCUCCUCUAACAUAGGAGAAGAGACAAAUAAACAUCUUGUGCAAC